AUGCCUUUGCGACCUGUGAAACCGCAAACCCUAUUUCGAUCUGUGGACGUGACAGCUGGCACAUGCUCGCCGUGCAGCUGCAGGACCCGGACCGCUUGUAGGUUCGGGGGUGCAGCUUUGGGGUUGCAGCUUCAUAGUAACCUCGUCUCCUUCCUCGCCUUCCGAGCAUGCGAGCAGCUCCCGUGGUUUGACCCACCAGAUAGAGGCCAAUGCAAAGGGUGCUUUGACCCCAAGGCCGCAGCCGGUGCCGACACGACACCAGCCUGCCUGUCCCACCUCUCCGUCUUCUCCACCACAGCCGCCUCGGCUUCGACACAAACGACUGCUUUGACCCGUUUGACCCACCAGAUACGGGCCGAUGCAAAGGGCAGUGGCUUGACCCGUUUGACCCACCAGCCUGCAUCUGGUGUCGGUACAGUGAAGAAUGACGAGAGGACACUCCCUCCUGAGGCUCCCUGCAGGAGGAUGGCAAGUGAAGCCAAGUGA